ACUUAAUCAUGAACGACAACAACGUUAUCGCAAAAACAAAAGAAAUGUGGAUUCAGAUGGCCCUACGGAACUUGACCACCCAGGAGAAAAGAAGGAAGAACAUCAACGAAGACUUAAUCAUGAACAACAAUGGCAUUAUCAUGAAAACAAAAGAGAUGUGGAUUCAGAUAGCCCUACAGGACUUGAGCAAUUUUUAGAAAAUAACAUGUCUACCCCUGCUGAGCAAGAAGUAGUUAUUCCUCUGACUACUGUUCUUCUAAAAACAUUAAAAGUGCGUGUUUAUCCAUGGUGUUCACAAG